ACGGCUCGGAGGCUUCAACCGUUUUCACUCGAGGGCUAAAUUACGAGACUCCGCUAAUACAUAAUAAUAGAUCACCACGUCUUGUUUUCUCUAACUGUCAACGGACCCGUCACCAAGUUGAACAGCCUCGAGCUGAUUCAUAAGGUCUCGAGAUACACCAAGCUCAUUAGCUCGACGCUUACAGUACACAUAUCGAGUUUAUAAGAGACAAGGAAAAUCACAAUGGCGGCGCCUCCAAGACGCCAAUCGACAUUGUCGAUGAGCAGUACAGUGACAGAGAAAGCAUCAACCCAAUACGCAGACGGCCAACAGCAACAUUCAAUACGCCAAAGCCAACUCAUUCAAACAAGUACAAGUGGUGGUCUUCGAGUACCCUCCAAUCGCAAAACGAUAUAUGAUCGACAUCUCAAUAGAAGCCAAAAGGCAGAUCUGAGUCGGGCGUCAUUUGCCUUCCUGUUCGCGGAAAUGGUGACUUAUGCGCAACGGAGAGUUACUGGUAUUCAAGAUCUUGAGAAACGUCUGAAUGAACAAGGCUACCCUUUAGGUCUACGCCUGCUCGACCUCCUCUUCUACCGUUCUAUAUCAAGCACAUCCUCCUCCACUCUCACAUCAUCAUCUACAUCCUCCUCCCCACCAAACCGUCCUCUCCGAAUCCUCCCUCUCCUCCAUCUCAUUCACGGUCCCCUCUGGCGUCUCCUCUUCCAACGCCCCGCCGACGCCCUUGAACACUCCGUAUCCCCCGAAACGCCCAAUGAAUACAUGAUCACCGAUAACGAUCCGCUCGUCAAUACAUAUAUCAGCGUCCCCAAGGAAAUGAGUAUGCUCAAUUGUGCUGCUUUUGUAGCGGGGAUUAUCGAAGGGGUAUGUGAUGGGUGUGGGUUUGAGGCUAAAGUGACGGCUCAUAAUCAGGGGACGGAGAUGUGGCCUGGUAGAACGGUGUUUUUGGUGAGGUUUGGUGAGACAGUUAUGGAGAGGGAAAAUGUUCUUGAGCGUGCUGGUGUUAAGUAAUGGGUUUCUUUUCUUAUUUGAAAUAAAGACUCUGGCGUCAAGAUUUUAUGGCUAAGAGGUCAUCUCAGUUGUUGUUAUAGUAUAGCACAUGCAUAUAUUCCAAUACCAUUGUUUUACC